AUGACGGCCGCCCGCCUGCUGCGCUCGUGCGUUGAGACCCUCGUGGGCUUCGUGUUCUGUCCAGCAUUCUGUUUGAUUAUCUCUCCGGUCGGUGUUCUCGUUGCCUCGCCGUGGAUCGCGCUCGGCCUCUGCAGCUCCGACGCUGCUGUCGGCGUGCCUCCCGCCUUCCUCGCCUGGCGUCGCCUUCCAUAUCUGAUUCCGAUGGUGCUCUUUGUCGACCUGCCGAUUGCCGCCUUAUUGAUGGCGGCACUUCUGAUCGAGCCACUGUUCCUCCGGAAUCCCCUCAUCCUCGCCGUCUACAGCCUCUGCCGCCGCGCCUCACAGCUCCCGAACCGCGAGCCAACGCCCCCCGACGCCGAGUCCGGGCUUCACGCUCGCGAACGGUCGCGCGCAAACACCAACGACGGCGCCCGCUACCGCGAGCAUGCCUCCGUCUGGGCUGCCCUCGAGGGCGACGGCGACAAGGUCCGGCCGGGAGAUGUGCGGCUGAUCAGUCUGAACUGGCUCAUGGCGCUGGCAGAGCGGGGCGGCGUGCUCCCGCGGCGGCAAGACCUGUCAGAGGAGGCCUUCUUAAGCUCUGCUCAGCUGAGGCGGAUCGAGCAAGGCGCAAGGCGCGGCUUCAACUCCGCCGGCUUAACGGAGGCCGGCGAGCGCUUGACCAAGGAGCCCUCCCUCUCAUCCACUCUCGCCGUGCUCGCGAGCGUAUUCGGCCGCAAGCGCAACCCCGACGGGGGGACAUAUGCUGAUGAUCCUGGCCCGAUUGGUUUGCUCAGAAAACUUCUGGGCGGUCGUUAA